CGGUGAGCCCCACAGGGUCGGAGCUGUCAGCCGGAGGGUCUCCAUUUUACUUUCGGGAGAUAAUAUCGGCCGUUCGGGCAGGGCCCAGGCGACCGACCGACUGCCCGCCACCCUCUGUCUCCUCACCUUCCCCGCCACACCCCUUCCCCGUUGGGCCGGCCGGAGUUUAAAUGGCAGCCGGGGCCCGACCAUGGAUAUCAAGACGGCAGUUUUCAACGCAGCUCGGGACGGCAAGUUGAAACUUAUGCAGAAGUUGCUGAACAACCGGAGCGCGGAGGAGCUGGAGGCGGUGACACUGGAGAAAACCAAUGGCGGCACCCCCCUGCUCAUCGCCUCCAGGUACGGCCACCUGCAGGUCGUCGACUACCUAAUGGAACACUGCAAGGCCAAGGUGGAGCUGGGCGGCUCGGUCAAUUUCGACGGGGAGACCAUCGAAGGGGCCCCGCCGCUGUGGGCAGCGUCGGCCGCCGGGCACCUGUCGGUGGUCCGGACCCUGCUGGAGCACGGGGCGUCCGUCAACAACACCACCCUGACCAACUCCACCCCACUGCGGGCCGCCUGCUUCGACGGCCACCUGGAGAUCGUCAAGUACCUCAUCGAGCACAGGGCGGACAUGGAAGUGGCGAACAGGCACGGGCAUACCUGCCUCAUGAUCUCAUGCUAUAAGGGGCACAAGGAGAUUGCCAAGUAUCUGCUGGAGAAGGGUGCGGAUGUGAAUAGGAAGAGUGUGAAGGGGAACACUGCUUUGCACGACUGCGCAGAGUCAGGCAGUCUGGAAAUAAUGAAAAUGCUGCUAAAAUGUGGGGCUAAGAUGGAAAAGGAUGGCUAUGGAAUGACCCCCUUACUUGCUGCCAGUGUCACAGGUCACAUGAAUAUUGUGGAGUUUCUUAUUAAUCACGUGCAGACCAAGAAGGAAGACCGAAUUGAUGCACUUGAACUAUUGGGAGCUACGUUUGUUGAUAAGAAAAGAGACUUGCUGGGAGCGAUGAAGUUUUGGAAGAGAGCAAUGGAGAAGAGGCACAGUGACAAAAGCAAAAUAGUUAAGAAGCCACAGGUGGGACAACUGGUGUUAGCUUAUGAUUAUGCCAAAGAGGUUACAACAUCUGAAGAGCUGGAAGCCUUGAUUACUGACCCAGAUGAGAUGAGGAUGCAAGCCUUGUUGAUCCGAGAGAGAAUUCUUGGUCCAUCCCAUCCAGACACUUCCUACUAUAUUCGUUAUCGAGGUGCAGUUUAUGCUGAUUCUGGAAACUUUGAAAGAUGCAUCAAUUUGUGGAAAUAUGCAUUGGAUAUGCAGCAGAACAAUUUAGACCCACUGAGCCCUAUGACUGCCAGUAGUUUGCUCUCCUUUGCUGAGCUUUUUUCUUUUGUCCUGCAAGACCGUCCAAAAGGCACCCUGGCCAUGAAAGUAUCUUUCACUGAUCUUAUGGGCAUCUUGUGUAAAAGUGUCCGUGAAGUUGAACGAGCAGUGAAUCAGCGGGAGAACCCACCUGAUGUUGCACAAUUCACAAAAGCUUUAUCUAUUAUUUUACACUUGAUUUCCUUGUUAGAAAAGGUAGAAUGUAGCCCUGAUCAGGAACAUUACAAGAAGCAAACCAUCUAUCGGCUUUUGAAGCUGAACCCAAGAGGAAAGGGUGGAUUUACCCCGUUACAUCUAGCAGUUGACAAGGACACAACAUCAGUUGGCCGUUAUCCAGUUUGCAAGUUCCCUUCGUUGCAAGUGACCUCGGUACUGCUGGAAUGUGGUGCUGACGUUGACUCAAGAGAUUAUGAGAACAACACUCCUCUACAUAUAGCUGCAUUCAACAACAAUCUUGAUAUUAUGAACAUGUUAAUUGACACCGGUGCACAUUUUGAUGCCACCAAUUCUUCCAAGAAAACUGCUUGGGAUUUGUUGGAUGAAAAGAAGAUGGCCAAGAAUUUGAUUCAACCCAUCAACCACAUCACUCUGCAGUGCCUUGCUGCUCGUGCUGUUGAAAAACAUAAGGUCAUUUACAAAGGAUUAAUUCCAGAAGAACUGGAUGCUUUCAUUCAACUACAUUGAAGUGCUAAAUUAAGUCUUUAUAAAAUUGGUUCACAUGGGGAUUGAACAACUCACUGACAUAAAUAUGACAGACACUUCAGUGAGAUUAAAAUCAGUCCGCCUCCUGAAGGGCUAUUUCAAUCUUAUAGGGCUAAGACCACAGAACAAACAAAAUUUAGUCUUGCAGAAUAUAUGCUGGUUGCUAUCUGCUCUGUUGUCCAUUCUGAAUUAUACCAAAAGACCAGAUGUUUGGGUGAAGGGAAUUCUAAUUCAUUUAGAGAAAAUUAGUUAAUAAUCUGCAAUUUUUAAAAAGUCUUAUAAACUCUUCACUUAAUUUCCCUGUUGCACCACUGCUGCCUCCCUGACUGAAUGGAUCACAGCUCAUACCAUUUUGUUUUGUGGAUUUUUAAGUUCUACGCACAGCAUUUCCUCAGCUGUACUUCAUUAUUGUAGGAAAAUUAAAUUUUAACACACCCAAUAAAUCCGGUGGCACCUGUGCAUUUCAGCUGCUUUUUAAGAUUCAGCAAAUAAAAUAUCCACUAAGUGCAACAAGGUCCAAAGAACAUGCACGAGUGUGAGUUACAUUUUAAAUUUCAAUAUGGUAUAGGUUACCAAAAUGAAACACGUCAUAGACUCGAUAGAACAUCAGGGUAAAGAUCUAUCAGUAUCUCCUGACCACUAUAAAGUGGAAAUAACAUCAGAGCUGGAAACAAGCAGUGUGCUGUUCUAUGUCAGAUGUCUGUUAAUUUCAGAUUCCUAUCAAUCUAUUGAGUUGCAUCAUUUACUGUCCCAACAUUAGACAUGGUUUCCGAGUUAUGUACACUGAUGUUAUAAUAAAUCUUCAGAACGCUUGACAAUUUUGGUAGACAGCGUUUAGUAAAUCUAGAUUCUACUUUUAUUGGUAGGCCUAAGAACUAGUUUGUUAAACCUGUGGGCUUAUUUUACCUUCAAAUAUUACUGUAAUGUUGAAAUCAUUUGUAACCUAAUGAUUUUAACAUUAUGCUCUUCAGCAUUGAAAAAUCUUCUGUUUGAAACAUUUCUUUUGAGAUGGAGUUUAUGAAGGAUUCUUCAAUGGUUAGGCAGAGGGAUGAAACAAUGGAAAGAAGUUAUAGGCACUUUGAAAGUCCUCUUCAGUAAAUAUUUAGAAAGUUCUAAUGUUUGGUGGAUAUGUCCUACCUACUUACUUCUGUCCAUGAUUUUCAUAAAAGUGUAGAUUUUUACAAUUUUUGUAUUUUAUUUUUAAACAAUUGGAACUGAAUUGGGUACCCUCCCUGCGGCUGAUGGACUUUGUUCACUGCCUUUUGGCACCAAUGUCUCACUUUUUACUGAAACAUUGAAGUGACAUCAGUCCUAAAUUCCAAGAAUUGAUCAAGAAUAUUUUUAAAAAUUGAGGUUCACUAUUGUAGCUAAGCUGAUCUUUCAGAAAAUAUCAUACUCCACUCAAAGCAACUAAUACUUAAAACAAUUCACUUUGGACAGGAUCAUCCCUUGUUUUUACAAAUAACUUCAUUUGUAUGAGCAAGCUUCUAGACCGUAGAACGUUACUCUUCGGCUCUCCAUGUUGCACCACCCUGUGAUAACAAUCUGAAGCCGAUCUAACCUACACUAUUCCAUUCUCAUCGAUUAUGCCUAACCAAUGACCAUGUAAAUGCCCGUAAAGUUGGCAAUUCUACAAUUGUUGCAGGCAGUGUGUUCCACAUCCCUACUACUCUUGAGUUAAGAAACUAUCUUCAAUCACCCUAACAGCCUUCACAUCUCAUUCUAACAUCAGCUGCCUUUUUCCUUUUGACAAGAGAUUCAACUUUCUUAGUAAACCAUGCUCCUGUGCUCAACAACACUCUCCCUGUCUGACAGGUACAUACUUAUCAAGGACACAUAGUAGCUGUUCCUUGAAUAAACUCCACGUUUCUUUUGUGCCCAUUCCCUGCAGUUUCUUACGCUAUCCUAAAUCUUGUCUAAUUGCCUUUCCCCCAGCUGUAGCUCUUGCUGUCUGAUGUGUACCUAUCCCCUUCCAGGGACUAACCGUUUUGGUUAUAAGGUCUAACUCUCAACUUGAACCUUUGGCAUCAGUGAAGGGUACAUGGCUAUUAGAAAGCAGACAUGUUUGUUUGAAUUCAGUAAUGCAUCCAAUUAUUUUUGUACUUGCCCUGCAUCCACGUAGUCAGUCUUUAGAUAUUACCCAUCACAAAUAUAUACACACCUUUUUGUUUUUGCUCUGUUGUCACAAAAACAUCAAAAGGCUAUACAAACUAGAUUUAAGUCAAGAUUAGAGUGGUGCUGGAAAAGCACAGCAGGUCAGGCAGCAUCCGAGGAGCAGGAAAGUCAACGUUUUGGGCAAAAGCCGUUUGUCAGGCCUGAGGCUGAGUGCCUCAGGGUUGGAGAGAUAAGUGUGUGGGGGAUGGGGCUAGGGAGAAGGUAGCUAAGAGUCCAACAGGUGGAUGGAGGUGGGGGUAAACGUGAUAGGUCAGAGAGGUGGUUACAGUGGAUAGGUGGGAAGGAAGAUUGACAGAUGGGACAGAUCACGAGGACAGUGCUAAGCUGGAAGGUUGGAACUGGGUUAUAGUGGGGGGAGGGGAAAUGAGAAAGCUGGUGAAGUCCACAUUGAUGCCCUGGGAUUGAAGGGUCCUGAGGCAGAAGAUGAGGCGUUCUUCCUCCAGGCUUCAGGUGGUGAGGGAGUGGUGAUGGAGGAGACCCAGGACCUGCACGCCCUCGGCAGACUUGGAGUCGGGGGUGAAAUGUUCAGCCACAGGGUGUUGGGGUUGAUUGUCUCCAGGACACCCGCACCAUUCUCUGAAGCGCUCUGCGAGGAAGUGUCUGGUCUCCCCAAUGUAGAGGAGACCGAAAACUAGAUUUAAGUUGUUUACUGCAAAUGACAAUUAGCAGCCUGAACACUUCACUCGGUAUUUCACCAAACUGUAACCCUUUGAUGAUUUAGAACAUUUGGAAAGGAAGUGGCCAUGCAAUUUCAGUUUCGUGAUUUGCGAAUGUUCAGAAGAAAAAAACGUUCAAAUGAAUGUGUUGUAACAGCAGUGAAUUGCAAUAAAAAAAGCAAGGAAAAUGUUUUGUCACAGGCACAAACAGAGCAGAUACCGUUUUUGGGUAUAUAACAUCUUUUGAAGCUUGCACGUUUGUUAACUGCAAAAAGCGUUUUUCUUCGCACUGGAUAUGUUUGUCAUUUGACCUUUAUGAACAGCCUUGUGGCUCAAUAGAUCAGUUGUUCUCUGAAAAAGUGAAACAGAUGUGUGUGGGUUUUAUUUUAGUGUAAAAGUGUAACUAUAGUUACAAUAAAGACAUUUUAAUUUUAAAGGAAGGCAGAGAUUUUAAACACUGUUGUAAAUACUUGGAAUGUUAAAGGCACUAUGUAUAGAUCUAAUUUGUUCUAAUAGGGCUUUAUUUUAUGGGGAUCUUGCACUGUGUGACUGCAUGUUUUCACACAUGCACAAGAAUGCUAAUAUCGAUACCUUUUUCAGAAUACUCUUAAAUGUAGCUUUUGGAACCUAUUUAUUUUAGCACAUUCUUUGCCCAGAGUUUACACUCAAUUGUUUGGCUUGAAGAGUAUUAAAUGUAAAUUGCUGCUGAGCUACACUUGUGACUGUGUGGCACUUAUAAUAAAUGUAUAUCUAAAACCAGCUGAUUUAGAAAACUAAUUAUUCAUGCCUUAAAAACAAAUGAUAAAUCUAGGAAAAGGAUACCUAUAGAUCAUAUUAGGAAGGAAAGACCAGAGCUAGGGAGUUGAACUUUAGGAUUUCACAAAUGUUUAUGGAAGAAGUCGAUGCCUCCUUGACUUCAACGGGAGAAGAAAGCAAAACAAGUUCACAAACAAUGACCAUCACAUCAAUUUUGUAAAAUGAUUAAAAAUGUUAACACUCUAGUCCCUCCAGACAUUAAAUGGAGAAUUCAGUAGUGCCUCAUUAUAUGGUGAUCAGUGCUAAAAUGUUGGAUGGAUAGUGUUCUAAUAAUUAGCAGAAUAAAGGUAUAUAUUUAUAAUGUCAGAAGAAUUGAACUUGCUAGUAACUUUAGCAACAGAGACUCUAAAAUCUGGAUAAUGGAAGAUACAAGGAUCUAUUCUCUUGUUUUUGAAUGCCUCUGUUCUUAAGCCAUCAACUCUUUGUAAAGUCUUCCAGUCCCAUCACCCUCCAACUUACCUGGUCUCUAAGCAUCCACAAUUUUAACUGCUUCCUUGGUAGCUUCAAAUUCAGAUAGUUAGGUCCGAGGAUUGAGAGUUCCCUCUUAUAAAAUCCCUUCUGUUUCUCAUUGUACUUCCUUUAAGGGAGGAUUCCUUUACCCUUUUGAUCAAACUUUUGAUUAUCUCUUCUAAUAUCCCAUGUUCUGACAUCCACGUGGAAGUGCCUUACAACACAGUGAUAAAAGACGUACAGUACAGAAGCAGACUGUUCAAUCCAACUCAUCCAUGCCAUGACAAAGCUUUCCAAACUAAACUAGACCCACUUGCCUACGUUUGGCCCAGAUCCCUGUAAACCUUUCCUAUUCAUGUACCUGUCCAACAAGCUUUUAAAUAUUGUAACUGUACUUGCCUCUACCACUUUCUUUGGCAGUUCAUUCUGCACACAAACCAUCCUUUGUGUGAAAACAUUGUCCUUCAGGUCCCUUGUAAGUCUUUCUCCUCUUGCCGUAAAAAAAUAUUUUAGGUGAAAGGUGCUGUAUAAAUUUGUUGUUGGAAAACUCAGGCUACCCUUAAAGGUGGUAAUUGGUCGCUUUGAAUAAAAAGGACUUUGCAUCUUCAACCAUUCACUACUUGAACUUUUUCACUGGCAUUCUCCCCUAUAUAGUUUUCAAUUCAAAGAAAUAUAGAAGCAGGAGUAGGCCAUUUGAGUCUGCUUCACCCUUUAAUAUGAACAUGACUGAUUAUCCAAAUCAAUAUUCUGUUCCUGCUUUCUCUCUGUACCCUUUUUAAAAAAACUAACUCCUUAUUGAAAAAUAUUCAAUGUUUUGGUUUCAGUUGCUUUCUGUGGCAGAGAAUCUCACAGACUCAAUACUCUUGUCGGUUAAGAAAAUUCUCAUCUCAGUUCUAAAUGGCCUGUCUCAUGUCCUUAGACUGUAACUCCUACUUUUGGACUCCACAGUAGGGAGGCAAUGGCCCAAUGGUAUUAUCGCUGGCCUGUUAAUCCAGAGACCAGAUAAUGUUCUGGGCACCUGGGUUUGAAUCCUGCUACAGUAAAUGGUGGAAGUUGAACUCAAUUUUUAAAAGAAUCUGAAUUAACAGUCUAGUGAACAUGAAUUCAUUAUCAAUUAUCAGAAAAACCCAUCUGGUGCACUAAUGUCCUUUAGGGAAGGAAACUGCCAUCCUUACCUGGUCUGACCUACAUGUGAUUCCAGACCCACAGCAAUGUGGUUAACUCAACUGUCCUCUGGGCAAUUAGGAAUGGGCAAUAAAUGCUGGCCUAACUAGUGAUGCCCUCAUCCUGUGAAUUUUUUUUUAAAAAGUCAACAAGAACAUCCUUCCUGUGUUUCCCCUGUCUAAUCCUGUUAAGAGUUUUAAAGGCUUCAACAAGAUAACUCCUCAUUCUUCAAAUUCCCAGAUAUAGUCCCACUUCAAACAUCAGUCUUGUCAUCCCAAGAAUCCUUCUGGUAAACCUUUGUAGCCAGAAUAUACUUCCUCAGGUAAGGAAAUCAAAACUGUACACAAUACUCCAUGUGGUCUCAUCAAUAACUUGUACAAUUGCAACAAGAUAUCCCUGCUCCUGUAGUCAAAUCCUUUUGCCUUGAAGGCCAACAUCCCAUUUACAUUCCUCCCUAUCUUCAUGCUGACAAGGAUACCCAGAUCUCACUACAUGUCCCCCUUUCCUAAUCUAUCAGCAGUUACAACAUAAUCCCCCUUUCCUAAUCUAUCAGCAGUUACAACAUAAUCUGCCACCUUGUUUUUGCUUGCAAACUGGAUAACCUCACAUUUAGCUAUAUUAUAUUUAUCUAUUACGCAGUUGCCAACUCACUUGUCCAAUUCACACUGCAGCAUCUUUGCUGCAUCCUCAUAGUUCACCAUCCAACCCAGCUUUGUGUCUUUCGAAAACUUGGGAGAUUUACAUUUAGUUCUCCUUAUUUAUAUUGUGAAUAGCCUAGGUCCAAGUACUGAUCCCUGUGAUCACUGCCUGUCACUUGGGAGGAAAAGACCUAUUUAUUCCUCCUCUUUGUUUCCUGUCUGCCAACAAAUUCUCCAACUGUGACAUGGCACUAUCCCCAAUUCCAUCCUCUUUAUUUUACAUGAUAUUUCUCUUAUGUGAGACCUCAAUGAAAAUGGCCUGAAAGUCCAAGCACAUGCAUUGACUCGCCCUCAUCAACUCUACUAGUUACAUCCUCAAAAUUCCAAUAUAUUUGUCAAGCAUUAUUUCCCUUCCAUAAAUCAGAACUGACUGUCCAAUCCUGUCACUGUUUCGAAGCUGCUUUAAUUCAUAGUACCCCAGCGUUUUAAGCGGAAGUGUUCAGGUCCAUUUUAACUCCUUAUCCCUUGGAUUAACUGGUCAUUCAGAUUGAGGAAAUGGCAGUGACAAUGCACAAAUAUUUUGUUUGUACAGUGUAAUACAAUAAGUUGCAUGGUGUAAAGAAAGUGCAACCCUUUGCUUAUAAAAAAAAGGAAAUUAAGGUAAGCCCACAUAAAACAUUAAUCUCUCUUUCUUCUUCCAGUCAUUCCUUGAGCUUCAGUUGCUUCUAGUUGUUUCCUUUAAAUUUCAGAUACACUUUGACCUUGAGAAUAUCAACAUGCAUAAAUUUGACCCAUUCAGUCUGAAAUGUGUCUCUUCAUUAUUCUAGUAGAAGUGUCUAACUAAACGUUAAAUGCUUGUAACUAUCCCACAACUUCAAGACCACAAUUUUCUGGCUGUUUGUACCACAGUAGCAGGGAGCAUUUCCCCUACACAUGCAAUCACAAUGUCAGUGUCAGAGUGGCAGCUGCUGCAUUAAACAAGUUGGCUUGAUGCAGACUAAUAAUACUGUGUUGUCUUUAACCAAAUGCAAUUUCCUUUUGGUACUUGAACUACCAUUUAUCCACUGUUCCCUUUAAAAUAUGCUUUUGACAGCCAAUGAAGAAAUAUAACCAAAACUUUUAAGUAAACGAGAGGAAAACUGAUCAUAAAAUGUUUAGAUAAAAAGAAAAAAACAAAACAAUUUGAAAACUGAAAUUUAUUAGCUCAUAGAGGAUUUGAAACAAUACCACUGAGAUUAAGAGUUUGACCAUUAUCCAACUGAAGCUAAGUUUUCUGGGCUUCCCGGACAAAGUCUCAAAUGACUGGGUAAAAAUGAGCAUAUAAAUAAACUCAUACAUUUGUUUAUUUUUCAUGGGCUUAUUUAUUCAGAUUAAUACAUAUUCUCUGGGGAAUGGGGCUGUUGAUUUCUCAAUGUGUAGUCAUUUCU